UACAGGCAUGCACCACCAUGCCCAGGUAAUUUUUGUAGUUUUAUUAGACACGGGGUUUCACCAUGUUGGGCAGGCUGGCCUUGAACUCCUGACCUCAAGUGAUCCGCCCGCCUUGGUCUCCCAAGGGAUUACAGGCAUGAGCCACUGCACCCAGCUGGUUAAUGCUAAAUUUUAUGAGAUGAAAGUUGGUACCUCCUAGAAGUAUGACUUCUUGAUUACUAAUCCCAUAUGACUAAUUGAUUACUACCUAAUUUUUAAUGAAAAUAAUAGAAUAAUACAUUUAUCAUCUGAAAGAAAUAAAUACUUUGCAUUUCUUACUGAGGUAUGAAAUGUAAGCACCUUAAAAUUUCCUUCCCUUGGUUGGGUGCAGUGGCUCACGCCUGUAAUCCCAGCACUUUGGGAGGCUGAGGCAGGCGGAUCACCUGAGGUCAAGAGUUCAAGACCAGCCUGGCCAACAUGGUGAAGCCCCGUCUCUACUGAAAAAUUAGCCAGGUGUGGGUGACAGGCACCUGUAGUCUUAGCUACUCGGUAGGCUGAGGCAGGAGAAUCGCUUGAAUCUGGGAGGCAGAGGUUGCAGUGAGCCAAGAGUGUACCACUGCACUCCAGGCUGGGCAACAGAGCGAGACUCUGUCUCAAAAAAAAAGAAAAAAAAAAUUUCCUUCCCAUAUAUAAAUACUGUGCAUAAUUUUGCCAAAUUUUUAAAGCAGUUUCAAAACCCAAGUGAAUAACCUUGACAUGGAAAUUAAAGUUUGUGCCCAGUGAUUCCAAGCUAAGGCUAAUAUUGAGCCUGCAAAGGGAAGGGAGGUUAUUAAAGGCCCAGUUAGUUCUUUCUUGGAAGCCUCCCCUGCUCACCCCAGCCAUGGAAGAAGCCUUUAUUCUGAGAGAAGCUACAGAGCCCUGGACGUCGGGGGACCCACAGGCAGAUGCAGUUAACGUUAAGAUGGAAGGGGAAUGAGAGAGUCUUACUAAAGAUGAAGUUGUUAUCGUUUUGAGGCAGUAUUUUACUUUUUGUAAAAACAGAAUGAGGUUUCUGUAAAAAAAAUUCUGAAUUUUAAAGGAGUAUUGCAACAGAAGGAAAUACCAACUAAAAGAUCUUUGAGAAUUGCAAAGUUUAAGGCAGACAAAGACUUUUUUUUUUAGGGAGGAGCAAAGAAGUUUAGAAAGAAGGUCACAGGGGAAUGGCAAAUGGAGGGUGAAAAAAAUCAAAUACUAGAUUAGAACACUUUUAUCCUGAAGUCAUCAAGUCUUUAGGAGGGACAAAAAAUGGGGUUGUAUGUUGGCUCAGACUGAGGGUACUUCAAAGUUCAGGAGCCUGUGGAAAGGAGAUAAACUUAAGUGAAGUUUGAUUAAGAAGAACUUUCUUUUGGCCACUGAAGAAAAAUUCAGCUAAUUUUUUAAUAUGAAAAAGAAAAUAUGCAGAGUGAGUGUUUGGUUAUUAAACAGUUAAGAAAAAGAGUACCAUCUAAGUCAUAAUGGGAAGGGUGUUUCUUUUCAUAAACUGUUCCUGGAGAACACGAAGGAUGGGGACUUUUAUUAAUCACAGCUAUUUACCAGGAUUAUCUAUGUGCUUCAUCUUUCCCCAUCUCUUUUCUUUGUCCUAUACAUUUUUUCCGUUUGAAUUUUCCUGGGUUGUAUCUUGUAUAGUAAACUGGUCGACAUAACCACAGUGUUUUGCAGAGUUCUGUGAGUAGCUUUAUCAAAUUAUUGAACUUGAAGGAGUUAUGGGAAUUCUAAAUUUUCAAACAGUAGUUUAGAAGCACAGAUGGGCCCAUAUGGUUUUUGACUGGCAUCUGCAGUGAGGACAGUGUUGUGGGACUGAGCCCUGAAUCAGGGUCUGCUGACUCUGGGGUCAGAAUUCAAAUGUUAAACAAUGUGUUAGUUUUGGAGAAUUGCUUGGUGUUAAGCAAACUUUACAGAUUUGGUGCCAAAAGAAAGAUAUCACAGAGGCCUGGCCUGGAGUGGAACUCUGGGUGUCUGGGAAUGCGACGCUCUACUCUCCUGUACACAGACUGUCACACUGCCCAUUGUCCUGUGAUUCCAGGUCUCCUUCCAUGGUGAGAGAGGACUGAAAACUUAGAGGAAAGGAGGUCUGAUUAUAGACCCCCUUUUCUCGCAGCUGCCAUCCCAGAAUUUCCACCCACUCACAAACAUACCCAUUAUACAUUGAUGUGUCCACACCCCUCCCAGGACUAGGCACCUCCCUUAGGAAUUUCACUACAGCAUUUUUUUAUUCUAGUGUUUUUUGCCAAAAACCCACCAAAGUGUCUACAAGUCUCCUGACAUAUUCCUAUUCCCAGACACUGAAUCUGCAGCAGCAGCCUGCUCUCUCCACCAACCAAGGAUUCUGGACCACCUGUUCAUAAUCUCAUCUGCCUGCAUGGACGCAAAUAAAUCAGAGGACAGCCCCAUCUGGGCCACUAUCUGUAGCACAGACCAUUCCUCCCACCUACAUGGCAUUCUCCCCCACCCAUGGAUUUUUUUCCUUUUAACUUUUAUUUCUGUUUUGGGGUACACGUGCAGUUUGUUAUAUAGGUAAAAUUGUGUCGGUGGUUUCGUGUGCAGAUUAUUUUAUCGCUGAGAUAGUAAACAUAGCACCAAACAAGUAUUUUUUUGAUCCUUUUUGUUCUUUUUUUGUUUGUUUGUUUGUUUUUGUUUUGAGGCAGAGUCUCGCUCUGUUGCCCAGGCUGGAGUGCAGCGGCGCGAUCUCUGCUCACUGCAAGCUCCGCCUCCCCGGUUCAGGCCAUUCUCCUGCCUCAGCCUCCCGAGUAGCUGGGACUACAGGUGCCCGCCACCAAGCCCAGCUAAAUUUUUUUUUGUAUUUUUUAGUAGAGAUGGGGUUUCACCGUGUUAACCAGGAUGGUCUCGAUUUCCUGACCUUGUGAUCCACCCGCCUCGGCCUCCCAAAGUGCUGGGAUUACAGGAGUGAGCCACCGCGCCCGGCUGGCGACCCUUUUUGUUCUUUCACCUUCCACCCUCAGCUAAGCCUCUGUUGUUCCCCUCUUUGUGUCCACGUGUUCUUAUUAUUUAGCUCUUAUACAUGAGAAAAUAUAUUUGGUUUUCUAUUCUGCAUUAGUUUUCUAUGGCUAAUGGUCUCCAGCUUUAUCCAUGUUGCUGCAAAGGACGUGCUCUUGUUCUUUUUUAUGGCCACAUGGUAUUCCAUGAUGUUUAUGUAUCAUAUUUUGUUUGUAUUAAAUAUUUUGUUUUAUUUUAUUUUUAUUAUAAUUAUUUUUGGAGACAGGGUCUCAUCUUGUCGCACAGGCUGAAGUGCAGUGGUGUGAUCUUGGCUCACUGCAGCCUCAACCUCCCUGGCUCAAGCAAUCCUCCUACCUAAGCCCUCCAAGUAGCUGGAACUACAGAUGUGUAUCAUUAUGCCCGGCUAAUUUUUCUUUUUGUAUUUUUUGUAAAGACGUGGUUCUUCCACAUUGCUCAGUCUGGUUUUGAACUUUUGAGUUCCGCAAAUCUGCAUGCCUCAGCUUACGAAAGUGCUGUGGUUACAGGUGUGAGCCACCAUGCCCUACCAUACCAUAUUUUCUUUAUCCAGUCUACCAUCGAUAGGUAUUUGGUUGAUUCCAUAUCUUUGCUAUGUGAAUAGUGCUGCAGUGAACAUGCAUGUGCAUGUGUCUCUGUGAUAGAAUAAUUUAUAUUUCUUUGGGUAUAAACCCAAUUAUGAGGUGUCUGGGUCAAAUGGUAAUUCUGUUUCUAGUUCUGUGAGGAAUCACCACACUGCUUUUCACAAUGGUUGAACUAAUUUACACUCCCACAGGCAGUGUACAAGCAUUCCCUUUUCCCUUCAACCUUGCCAGCAUCUGUUAUUAACAGCCAUUCUGACUGGUAUGAGAUGGUAUCUCAUUGUAGUUUUUCUCUGCAUUUCUCUAAUGAUUAGUGAUGAGCAUUUAUUUAUUUAUUUAUUUAUUUAUUUGAGAUGGAGUCACACUCUGUCGCCCAGGCUGGAGUGCAGUGGCACGAUCUUGGCUCACUGCAACCUCUCCCGCCUGAGUUCAAGCGAUUCUUCUGCCUCAGCCUCCCAAGUAGCUGGGAUUACAGGUGCCUGCCACCGUGCCUGGCUAAUUUUUGUAUUUUUAGUAGAGAUGGGGUUUCACCAUCUUGGUCAGGCUGGUCUCAAACUCCUGACCUCCAGUGAUCCACCUGCCUUGGCCUCUCAAAGUGCUGGGAUUACAGGCAUGAGCCACCGCACCUCGCCGGAUUUUUUUUAAUAACACCUUUCUCUCUUCUAUUUUUUUUUCUGAUAACAUUCUUUCAGUUGCAUACAGUGUGCAAAAUUAAGAUGUCCAAGAGUUCGGCUAGGUGUGGUGGCUCACGCCUGUAAUCCCAGCACUUUGGGAGGCCGAGGCGGGCAGAUCAUGAGAUCAGGAGAUCGAGACCAUCCUGGCUAACACGGUGAAACCCUGUCUCUACUAAAAAUACAAAAAAUUAGACGGGCGUGGUAGUGGGUGCCUAUAGACCCAGCUACUUGGGAGGCUGAGGCAGGAGAAUGGUGUG